AUGCCUGGUUUCGACUUCUCCAACUACAACCGCAAUGCGGCCCUGCAUGCCCGCGGUGUGCCCCUGCCGAAGGCGACAAGCACAGGCACAACUAUUGUCGGCUGCAUCUUUGAUGGCGGCGUUGUGAUUGCCGCCGAUACACGUGCCACGUCCGGCCCCAUUGUCGCCGACAAGAACUGCGAGAAGCUGCACUACAUCGCGCCGCAGAUUUGGUGUGCUGGUGCCGGUACCGCCGCCGAUACCGAGUUUACGACCGCCAUCAUCUCGUCGCAGCUCGAGCUGCACUCCUUGUCGACGGGCCGCAAGCCGCGCGUUGUCACCUGCAUGACCAUGCUGAAGCAGCACCUGUUCCGGUACCAAGGCCACAUUGGCGCGUACCUUGUCGUGGCCGGCGUUGACCCCACGGGCACGCACCUGUUCACAGUGCACGCACACGGCAGCACAGACAAGCUGCCGUACGUGACGAUGGGGUCGGGUUCGCUGGCGGCCAUGUCCGUGUUCGAGACCAAGUGGAAGCCGCAGGCGCUGACGCGCGACGAGGCCGUGGAGCUGUGCAGCGAGGCCAUCAAGGCAGGUAUUUUCAACGAUCUGGGUUCUGGUAGCAACGUCGAUGUAGCAGUGAUUACCAAGGACAAGACGACGCUGCUACGCAACUACAUCCGUCCCAACGAGCGGGUGCCGAAGCUGCGCAACUACGUCUUCCCGCGGGGCACAACGGCCGUGCUCAACGAGAAAAUCACCAUUCGCAAAGAGGACAUGGGCAACUUUGUCACCGUUCACGACUUGCCGGAACAGGCGGAGGAGACGGAGUCGAUGGAGGUCGACCCAUAG